AAAACAAUUAUUGUAGCGUGAUUUUCAUAAUCAUAAUGGAAAAUAUGAUUCUCCCUCUUUAUUAUACGUUUAAUUGGGCCUGGUGACGAGUGGGCUUAUAGUGGGAUUGUUUAAAUUUACGAAACCGUGUAAAAAGGAAGGAAGCGUCCAGAAAAGAGAUCGAACCCUAAUCUAGGCAGGAAGAUGAUGAAUUUGGGGUUGAAGAUGAUGAGGAACCUUGGAUCUGGGUGUGCGAAGUUUGGACGCAGUGAGAGAUGGUAUUGUGUUUCGAGACGUGAAAAGAUAUCCUUCUCGACACCUCCAGAGGUUACCUUCUCGACGCCUCCUUCUCUAGUUAGUCUCCUGUUUACAUCCUUCUUCGGGUAUCUAUGGUACCAAACAAAAGCUGCUUCAGAACAGGAACGUCUCUGGGAUGUUCUGUCUGAAAAGAGAAACCAGAUUAGGAUCCUGUCGCGACAAGACGAGUCCAAGCGUAAGAAAGUAAAAGAGGCAGAAAUAAAGCUUAUUGAAAAGGCAGCAACCGUGCUUAGUGAAGAAAUCCAAGUCUAAUGUCUGAAGUCUCUAUGUAUUCAAUAUCUCUCUCUCUAUGUUAAUAUAAGUUGGUAUGCAGUUUGUGGUUUCACUGUCUUCUAAAACUGAUAUGUAAUAAGUUUGCUACUUAUUAGAGAGGCAUAAUUUAUAUAUAUGCUAGUGAAGGAAUUUGAUGUUUUUUUGGAUUCUAUUAAGUUGUUUGAAACAAGUCUCUGAUUUAACAUUCAUAAAUUGAAGUCGGGUUAAUAUGAUUA